AUGAUGGAUGGAGGAGGCCCUCAGCCACCAGUCACAGCUCUGGAAGUCUUGGACGGAUACACACACACACACACACACACACAUACACACACACGAAACCACUGUGGAACCCAGAAGCAGCAUCUGACCCCCUCCCCAAAGGAGCUGGGGCAGGUAGUGCUGGGUUAUUGGGUUAUUGACUGGGGCGGGGGCAAUGUCUGUAUGUUUUCAACUACUUCAGGGGGCCGAGGAAGCUUUGCUGAAGCAACCCAGGGUCACCCACGCCCACUUCCCACCUUGGGUCCCAGUUGGUCCUCUCCCAGGGUGGGAGGGCAGGUCUGCUUAGCCUGGGGCUGCCCUUAA